AUGCCACGCCGUCAGUCUAACGCUCCUCAUCACCCUAUUGUGGCCACUAUUGAUAUAGGAACCACUUCUGCAAGAGCCAUCCUCUUCUCAGAAGACGGUUCAGAAGUCGCCAAACAUCAAAUCGAAUACUCAACAACCGCCUCCGAGGCUCCAGCUGAGUCCUCAAACACAGAUCAAUUCAGAAGAAGAUCCUCAUUGCUUAGGCACAACGAGCCGAUUUUCACUGCCGAAGGUAUCGCCAUUUCCAUCACAGAUGAUGUUGAAAUUGAAAAUAACGCUGCUUCUGUAGGUCCUACUUUAAGAUUUCCACAACCGGGUUGGUCGGAGUGUAUGCCUGUUCACGUCUUGGCCAAUGCGGUACAGUGUCUUGUUGCCUGUUUGAUCACCUUGAGAAAAAUCAAUGCCAACCCAGAUUUGAAAAUUAAGUACAGAGUGAAAUGUCUUGGGAUUGCAAACAUGAGAGAAACUACCAUUGUAUGGUCUAGAAAGACUGGGAAGCCGUUGAGUAACGGUAUCACAUGGACUGAUACCAGAACCAAGGAGAUUGUCUCGCACUUGGAAAGAAUGAUCGAUGACGAAAAGAAGGAGGAAUUGAGAGCCAAAACUGGAUUACCGCUUUCCACCUACUUUCUGGGUGCCAAAUUACGUUGGUUAUUGGAUAACGAUGAUACCAUCAAGGAAGAAUAUGAAAAAGGUUCCGGUAACUUGAUGUUCGGUACUGUGGAUACAUGGUUAAUUUACAAUUUGACUAGAGAGAAGGCGUUCGUUUCAGAUGUGACCAACGCGUCUAGAACGUAUUUCAUGGACUUAGAAACAAGAGACUACGAUGACGAUUUAUUGGACUUCUGGGGCAUUGACCCACAAAGAAUCUGUCUUCCUAAGAUUGUCUCAUCUUCCGAAUUUUAUGGUUCCUUUUCUGCCCCCAACUUGUCUAACUUGGGAUUUCACAACAAGAUCACUCAAGAAGCAUAUGAUAUUUUAAAAACCAUUUCAGGAAUUCCGAUCUGUGGGUGCUUAGGAGACCAGUCAGCGUCUUUAGUGGGUCAAUUGGCUGUCAAACCUGGUUCUGCAAAAUGUACCUACGGUACUGGUUGUUUCCUUUUGUACAACACAGGUACCAGAAAAUUGAUCAGUGACCAUGGUACUUUGACCACCUUCGGUUUUUGGUUCCCGACUUUGGAAGGCGAGGAUGGUAAACCGCACUAUGCUUUGGAGGGGUCCAUUGCUGUUGCAGGUUCCAUUAUCCAAUGGCUUAGAGAUAAUUUAAAAUUAAUUGCUGAUGCAAAAGAUGUUGGACCAUUGGCCUCACAAGUGGAUAAUUCCGGUGGUGUAGUGUUUAUCCCUGCAUUUUCUGGGUUAUAUGCUCCUUAUUGGGAUGGUGGUGCCAGAGGUACUGUCUUCGGAAUGACGCAGUACACUUCAUCAUCACACAUAGCAAGAGCAGCCCUUGAGGGUGUUUGCUUUCAAGUUAGAGCCAUCUUAAGAGCAAUGGCUAGCGAUGCGGGUGGAAGCGAAGAUUUCCUCGAAGAAGCAUUAACAAACCAAAAUGAGAAGAAGCCUUUGUCAAGUUUGGCUGUUGAUGGUGGUAUGUCAAAAGCUGAUGAAGUUUUACAAAUUCAAGCAGAUAUUUUGGGACCAUGUGUGACUGUCAAAAGGGCAGCUAUUGCAGAAUGUACUGCAUUAGGUGCUGCAAUUGCUGCAGGUUUAUCUUUUAAAGAUGAAUCAGAAAGAGUUUGGAAGAAUUUUGACGAUGUUAUAGAGAAAAUGAGUGCUCACGAACAGAACAAUGAAUUUAAAGCAGAAUUGCCUGAUGUUGAUAGAAGAAAGAACUGGAAGAGAUGGGAGAGAGCUAUCGAGAGAGCCAGAGGUUGGUUAGAUGAAGAUGAUUGA